AUGCUGCAUCCAACAACUUCCUACAUUCCAGGUUAUGACGAUGAAGAGAACUGCAAAAUUACUGAUGAUACACAAGAUAUGACAAGAUACCAGAAUAAAGAUCUUCUGAGCUCACUAUAUGGUAUCUUUCAUAAUAAAGAGAUAGAAACAAAACUCAAUUUGUCAGAUAAUGAUACUGACCAGGACUCAGACAUUCAAGAUUUGUUAAUGAUGGGUUAUAAUAGAAGUAGGCUAACAAAGAAAAAAAAGAGAAAAUCAGAUAAAGAAUUAAAGCGGAAAACUGGGUCAACACCUGUAAAUGUUUCACCAGAAGUUGAAAAACUAUUGCAGAAAGCAAAUGAUGCAUAUUUGGCAAAGAAGUUUAUGUUAGCUAUUGAAAUUUUAGAAGAAGUAGUUAAAAAAGCACCUGGUUUACAUGAUCCAUUUCAUAUGUUGGGCUUAAUUUAUGAGCAAGAAUUGGAUGAUAAAGCAAAAGCUGCAGAGUUUUAUUUUCUUGCAGCUCAUCUAGUCGUAAACGACAUAUACUUAUGGAAAAGGAUUGGUCAAAUGAGUUGUGAACUAGAAAUGUGGGAAAGAGCUAUAUAUUGUUACAAAAGGUGCCUAAGAAACAUAAGCAACUCAGAUAACCAAGGUGAACUCGAUGAAUUUACACAGAUUGAAGAUGAAAUACGUUUUGAGUUAAGUAAUGCUUACUUAAAGACUAAUAAUAUUAUUCAUUGUAUACAACAGCUAAAGAUACUAUUUAGAAGACAUCCAGGAGAUCCUUUACUAGGCAAGGAAUUGGCUAAAUGUUAUCAUCAAAUAGGGAAACUAAAUAUGGCUGCCGAAGUUCUCGAAAGUUGUCUAAUUGAAGAGACUGAUUUACAUAUAAUUAAUAUGCUUUGUGAAGUAUAUAUUGAUCUUAAGUUGUACCAAAAAUGCCUAGAUCUUGUUCAAAAUAUGCUGAUCUCAAAAAAUUUUGAAAAUACCAAUAACUCUGAGUCUAAUAAGUGUCAACUUUCUUCUUUCGAGAAAACAGAUAUAAGACAUUUAAUUCUAACAUUACCCAUUGAUAUCAGUGUAAAAUAUGCUGUAUCUGGCUUAUAUAUAGGGAAUAGUAGCGUAGCUGAUGAAUUAACAACAAUAUUGAAAGAAAGCAAUAUGGAAAAAAUAGAAGUUACCGACCUACACCAAAGUUUAGGUGAUGCCUAUUUUGCUGUAAAAAUAUACAAUUUAUCUAAGGAUCAUUAUGAAAUUAUUUAUCAUACUGAUGGAUAUGAAAGAUCGAUUGCACUUAGUAUUAAGUAUGCAUACUCAUUGCAGUCUUUAGGAAACUUUAAAGAAGCAGCACAAAUUCUAGAAGAUUCUUUGACAGAAAACAAACAUCAAAUUGAAUCUUUUGAAGUUUACAAGGCAAAAGCUCUUUUAGCUUCGUUAUAUUCCAAGAUGGGAUAUACUAAGCUUGGUGAGAAAUUAAUAUACACAAUGAAAUAUGAAGAUCUUGUGCAAAUGGGAGAUCUAUCACAACCUAUUCCUCAAGAACUGCGUUGUAACAUGAUACUAGAAUUAUUUUCAAAAAUGAAAUCAUUGUUUACUAAUAUCACUGUUCAAUUUUCAACCCAAAUAGAUUUUGUUGAUAAAGCUAUAAAUCCACCAAAGUUAUCACAAAUAUCACCGGAAAUAUGUGGAACUGCAGACAUGUUUGAAUACUUAAUUAAAGAGUUCUUAACAGAUAUUAAACGUGUGGGCCAAAAAUUAUAUUCCAAGAAAUUUAAAGAGCAUGAUAAAGAAACAAACUAUGAACAAAAUUCAGUUAAUAACACUAAUUUGGGAGAUGUACUAGAAAAUGUCGAUCUAAGCCUGCAGCACACAAGUGACUCCACAUCUAAAGGCUCCAAAAAAUUACAAAGUAGAGUGAAUAUACCGACAAGUAAAAUUAGAUCUGAAUUAGGUAUCGUUACUUUAGGAGAAAUAUUAACUAGUGAAGAUGAAUACUGGGAAUUUCUUACAUAUGGUGCAAUAGUCUUGCAGUGGAAUGAGAAAUACAAUGUUGCUGUCGAAGUGUUUGAAAAGAUUCUAAAUAAUAUUAAAAUGUUUAAGCCAGAAAUAUACUUAGAUAGGUUAAAAGCAGCCAAAAAUUCCAUUCACAACUUAAUAAUUUCUUUAGCAUUCAACGGUGGCCUGUGGCGUACGUUACUAAGCUAUUUACGUUUGGAAUUCAAUAAAAAGACGACUAUAAACAAACAUCUAAGUGGAAUGAUUGGUCGUAUCCUCUUAGUACCACAUAUAUUCAACUCUUGUGUGAAACACAAUAACUUUAGACGCGGAGUACUUUUAGAAAAAGAGGUGAUUAGUGAAACUAGAUCUUGGAUUCAAAGACAAUCACCUCAAUUUAGUAAUGAGGCUGAAUUAAACUUAAUCACUGCUCACUUAUACGUUAUAUCUAAUCGUAUUGGAAUGGCAGUAUUAGAAUAUACCAAGGCACACAGAAGUGCUCCUUUUGACAACUUAAUAGUCCUUUGCUUAGGUAUAAGUUUUAUCAGCUUGGCAACAGCCAAGGAUACUAAAAACAGACAAUCAGCAGUACUCAAGGGUUUUGCAUUUAUUUCUCGAUAUAUACAAGGACGAUUAAGUAUUUUUGGUCAUAAUCCAUUAUUUAAGGCAGAAUGCUUGUAUAAUAAGGCUAGAGCUUAUCAUCAAAUUAAUUUGAAAACUGAAGCUAUUUUACUCUAUACUCGAUGUAUUGAAACAUUACAAAACAUAAAGAGUCAGAACAAAGAUCUAGAUUUUACUCAAUUAAUGAAUUCUUCUUUGUAUAAUCUUAGUUUGCUAGUGAAUGACAAACAAAUUCAAAAUCUAAUAAUUUGGUAA